AUGACCACGGCCUACCAAAACUCAAUGAAACCGCGUGAAGAAUAUGAACUAACAGAGAUGUAUCCCGAUUUGGCUGAAUCGGUACCGAUGCCUGUCUUUUUUGUAAUGGGAGACACAGAGUGUGACAGAGAAGAUGGAACUGGUUAUAAAAAUGGUAAAGCUUUUAACUCAACCUCUGGUAUACUCAAUUUAAAGACCCCUACAUUUAAAAAAAUUACAUCUACUAUGCCGAACGCCACUGUCAAAUUCAACAAACAAUUACAGGAGUUUGGAUUUCAAGAACCAUCCAAGAUUAAUAGCAAAAACAAAAUACAGGACACUUACAUACGACCGUUUGAAAUUGCAAACACUAAAAACACAAACAAGAAUGCAAGCGAUUCAGAAAUUGCCGUGAAACAAUUCCUAGAGAGCAAGCAAAUGCUAGUGGAGUAUGAUAUGGAUGAACAAGAUUUCUUAUUCUUGCAGGCGAGAAACAAGAAAACUACCAAUGUUGUAAAGAUUACACCUGAAGUAUUUGAGAUAUUGAUUAGCGCUUUGGAAACUGAAUGGACCAAAUUGGAACACACAAUGAAUUCCAUGACUGGCGGAAUAGAUUCCAAUGGGACUGAUUCGUCAAAGAAACUUCUCACAAUGGGACACAAUAAUGAAAUGUAUGGAAACGAUGACGGAAUUGAGCCUGGUUCGAUAUACGACCAAAGGUGUGCCGUGUGUAACGAUAGUGAUUGUGAUAACACCAAUGCUAUAGUCUUUUGUGAUGGAUGCGACAUUGCUGUACACCAGGAAUGCUAUGGGGUGGCAUUUAUCCCCGAAGGUUCAUGGCUCUGUCGCAAGUGUAUGAUUAACAAGAACAAAAGCGUGACAGAAUGUGUUUUUUGUCCUAGUACUACGGGAGCGUUUAAGCAGCUCGAUAACAGUUUGUGGAGUCAUGUGGUAUGCGCACUAUGGAUUAAUGAGUUGUAUUUUGCCAAUCCAAUCUAUAUGGAACCGAUUGAAGGUAUAGAUGCAAUACCGAAAAGCCGAUGGAAGUUGGCAUGUUACAUUUGCAAGCAAAGGGUCGGUGCAUGUAUACAAUGUGCCAAUCGCAACUGCUUUUUAGCAUACCAUGUCACUUGUGCCAAGCGGGCGGGCUUAUAUAUGGAAAUGACGCAAGGUAUGAAAGGUGCACUCACCAACAAAUUGACUUUGAAAUCUUUUUGUGAAAAACAUAGCCCGCCUCUGUUUGACACAGGUGGCGUAACAAAGGGGAUAGAGCGAACAAGACGCUAUUUCCGAGAUACCAAGAUAUUGAAGCAAGAAAAUGCAAAGCUCAAGACUGAUCAGAAAAUUGCUAAUAAACUCAAUGUAUUCAAGUGGAAAACAGAGCAGGGCACACCCAUUGCUCCCAAAUUGUUUAGCGAUGUCUUGGUUGGCCUAAUGUAUAAAUUAAAGGUGGAAAAUCAAGUUAGUUUACCGGAAGAGUCUUCAAGCCAAGUGCUCGAGCUUAGCAGGCUUCCCAAUCGAACUAAAGAAGACAUUUACCGUGACUUGCGUAAUAUUGCAAAUGAGAUGUGCAGAUACUGGUGCUUGAAGCGGGAGUCCAAGAAUGGAGCUCCGUUGGUGAGAAGAAACAAUAAUUUAAUGUCAGCCAACUCCAUUGUUUAUGACUCCAAUAAUUUGGAGAAUGAUACCAUGAGCUCGAGCCAGAUUGCAGAAAAGAUUGGUUUUGCAAAUUUGCUAAUCGACGACAUUGAAAAGCUUAUAUCGAUAAAUGGCGAUAACAUUGGGCGACAAGAAUACCUUGCUGCCAUGGAGCUACUCAAUCUUGAAAUUGUCAAGACGGCAUAUUUUCCGUUACGCACGUUUAUUGAAACAGUUGUAAACUCGCUUAGACAGCGGUAUGACUUUAAUGGUGCUAUUUUCAAUUACAAGCCUAAAGAUGCAUCUUGCAAAAGUCUUUUGCAGAUUCUCGCAAAAAACGAUCGCUUUGCUUACCAUUCCAUUGAAGAGUUUCAAUCUGAUAUCAAUAGCCUUAGUCUGUGCGUGUUUGCCGAGAACAGGCCCUCAUUCAUGGUGUAUAAGCAAAUGAAGAAAUGGAAGAGGGAUUUUGAUGAGCGGGUGAAAAGUGUAGAAUUUCGUGAUGGAGACAUUGUUCAAUACCCGCGUUUGAAUCUAUGCGGUACUGAGACCACGUUUAAAGAGCCGAGCUAUAGACGAAUACUAGAUGAAAAUGAGUUGAGUGAAGUAGAGGACGAUGAAAUAGAGUCUGAAGAAAGCAAGAAGUUGCUUACAGAGUUUUUGGCAAAGUAA